CCCAGUGUGAGGCGGCAGAGAUGGCACUGAGUCCGGAGCCAUUGAGCAGGUUCCCUGUGCUGGCUACGACAGGCAGCCCCAUGCCCGAGCCGCCUGGCGCCCCCAAUGCAUCUCUCAACAGCUCGUGGGCCAGCCCAGCGGAGCCCAGCUCCCUGGAGGACCUGGUGGCCACGGGCACCAUUGGGGUGGUGCUCUCAGCCAUGGGCGUAGUUGGCGUGGUGGGCAACUUGUACACGCUGGCUGUCAUGUGCCGCUUCCUGCACACCUCGGCCUCCAUGUACGUCUACAUCAUCAACCUGGCGCUGGCGGACUUGCUCUACCUGCUCAGCAUCCCCUUCAUCGUGGCCACCUAUGUCACCAAGGCGUGGCACUUCGGCAACGUGGGCUGCCGUGUCCUCUUCAGCCUGGACUUCCUGACCAUGCACGCCAGCAUCUUCACCCUGACCCUCAUGAGCAGUGAGCGCUAUGCCGCCGUGGUGAGGCCACUGGACAUGGUGCAGCGUUCCAAGGGCUACCGCAAGGUCCUGGCGCUGGGCACGUGGCUGCUGGCGCUGUUGCUGGCACUGCCCAUGAUGCUGGCCAUCCGGCUGGUCCGCAGGGGCCACAAGAGCCUCUGCCUGCCAGCCUGGGGCCAGCGCGCCCACCGCACCUACCUGACGCUGCUCUUCGGGACCAGCAUCGUGGGGCCCGGUGUGGUCAUCGGGCUGCUCUACGUCCGCCUGGCCCGGGCCUACUGGCAAUCGCAGCGGGCUUCCUUCACGCAGACGCGGCGGCUACCCAACCCCAGGGUGCUCUACCUCAUCCUGGGCAUCGUGCUGCUCUUCUGGGCCUGCUUCCUGCCCUUCUGGCUGUGGCAGCUCCUCACCCAGUACCGCGGGACCCCGCCGCUCACGCCCCGCUCCGCCCGCAUCGUCAACUACCUGACCACCUGCCUCACCUACAGCAACAGCUGCGUAAACCCCUUCCUCUACACACUGCUCACUAAGAACUACCGCGACUACCGCCAGCGCUCGCUCCAAGGCAGGGGCGCCCACCGGCCCGUGGGUAUCCACAGCUUCCCGCAGGGCCGCACCAGCUGCCAGCGCGGCUCAGGCCGCUCGCUGUCCUCCAGCAGUCAGCAGGCCAGCGAGACCAUCGCGCUGUCCCAGGCGGCCCCUAGGGGGCUCUGCACCUGAGCGUCCCCGGCCUCCACGUGGGCGCUGGA